CCCAGCCAGCCCAGCCACGCCCGAUUUUCCUCUUCCCUCUCUCAUCCUCUCUCCCCUUCCUUGGCGCUUCACUUGUGUCCUGCCACCAUUUCAUCCCGUCCCCCCCUAACCUACCCAUUUUGAUUAAAAUUCCCACUACAACUUCAUUCCGCCGGAGCGACGACGUAUUGUUUCCCUGCGCUCCUUGCCCACCACCCUUCUGAGGUUGUUGUUCUGGCUCCUUGUCGCUGCUCAGAUAACCUUCUACGCGUCUAACAAGUUUUCAUUAUUCGGCAUUUGCGUAAACCGCCAAUCCAAUCGGAACCCCAAGAUCGGGAUCAGGUUGAGGCAUCCGAUCCAUCAGCAUUACGGACAAGACACAGAAAUACGCCGCUGCGCACUCUCUUUCUAACCUCGAUUUCAUUUAUACAUUGCCCUUCCUGGCCUCCUCCCUGAACCUGCUCUUAAGGCCGCCAAUCCAUCUACUCCUAAGGCAUUAUCAGGCUUGGGCUCGUUAGCAGUCAGAAUUAGGCACGUCCGGGUCCAGUUGGAUGACAGCACCGAGAAGCAACUAUACUAGUUGGAUGAAUCAAAAGCUCUAGACGCGAGUUUGGCCUAGGAUUCGACAAGCUACAAGACAAUACGACGGUAGUCCUGCGCUCGUUGCUCGUUGCACCAUUGCAUGACCGGCCUCGACAAGCCGGCAAGCAGAAAGGAAGGAGAGAACAAAGGCCGCUGCCUAACAACAAGCAACCGAAAGGCGAUGGCAUCCUUUGCCGUAUCGACUCCUUCGCCGCCGGGCAGGGUACACACUCCAGGUACUCCCAAACACGGUUACGGAGAUGCCUGGGAGCCCUUCUCUCCCCGAAAGUCAGCCCGCAUUUCGGCACGCCAGCGCUCAAAUGACCGCACCCCUUCUCCGCGCGCCUCCUCCCACCACAACCCCACCCGCGCCUCGCGACGAACCGCUUCGGCUAACGCUGACACGUUUUCUACCCCCAUCGCCUCCCCCCAGAAACGACGUCUGCCCGCCAUGGACUCGGUUCGACGCGCCUCGAGUGCCCUGACUACGGAGGGCGCCGCUAAUGCCGCCGAGUCUCUCGGAAUCGGCCAUUCGAGUCAGCAGAAGCCCAAGGCCAACGCGACUUCGUCUCGAUCCGCCGCCAUGCUUCCUACUCCUGUCAAGACGCCCCAGAAGCAGCCGGACGAGAAGUCCAAGGCCAACGUUCGCGCCAUCGCGCGCAGCCUCUUUGCUGAGCCGGACAUCGUCCCCUCUCCUAAGAAGAGAAAGACCAAGAAGUACACCGGCCUCUCGCUAGAGAGCUUCCGAGCCGAGGAGGUCGAGGAGCCCAUCGAGAUCUUCACCGACACUCGCGAUCGUAUUCCUGAGGUCGGUGCCACCUCGGACAACCCUUUUUACGACGACAACGCCGCAGCUCUAGCCGCUUCCGAACCGUCUAAGAAGCGUGGCCGACAGAUGCAGAUCACCAUCCCAGGCGAAGGCAAGCAGACCAUCGAGGAGGCCGUGCGACGAUCAGACGGUAUCGUCUCCGUAUUCCGAGGCAAGAAGUUCUUCCGCAAGUUUGCUUCGAGCGACGAUGUCGACUCGACGAGCCAACCAGAUAUCGAGGUGGAAGACGAGGACGUCGAGGUGAUGUCUGGCGCGUCUCCCUUCACGCGCUCGUCGAUCAAGCCUCGCCUGCUCUUCCCAUCCAAGCAGAAGGGCAAGGAAACCGUCAAGACGACCCCGGAGGAUGAAGAGGCCGAGACCGAUAUCGAGGACCGCGCCCCCGCCAAUAUCCAGGACGAAGAGACGGAUACGCCGGUUACCCCUACGGGCCGAAACUCUGCGAAGCCGGGCACGCCAGAGGCGCCUCGGUUCGCGCCGGCCUCGCCUCCCACGACCACUCGAACUACGCGCAGCGGGGACAAGGCUCGUGUCGAAGAAUCCCCGGUGAAGAAGGCCGCUGCCGCCGCGAAGCCGCGUAGCCCGUUCGACGGCUGGCGUCGCUCUAAGAGCCGAGCGGCAUCGCGCAGUCUGAAGCGGGAAGGCGAGGCGCUUCCCGGCUCCAACGAGGCUUCGAAGCGCCAGCGCGCCUAGUCUAGAUCUACCUACCGCUAAGCGAGGACGGGGACAUUCAGGAUGGUGACUCAACGAGGUUUGGGGAUUAUCGUGCCUCAGUUUCUCUGUAUUAUCUCCUUGGCGCCUUUUUUUUUUUUUCUCGCACACACAUCUCCUUUUGUU